GCGGCGGCCUCUUCUUCCCUUUGCCCCGGCGGAGCAGCGCUGAGCAUCCUCGGAACCGGUGCCCGGACUUGGCUCUUGCGCGCUCACCUCGCUCCAGGUAGCCGCUGCCUCCAUCUUUCCGCCUCCCUCGCUUGCGGCUGUUUUUCCCCCGGGGGACCGGGCUCUGAAGAUCAGCCUCCGCCCCUUUGCCUCCGCGCUCCCCGGCUUGCCAGCGGCUGCCCCCCCCCUUGAAGCCCCUCAUGGCCGUCGAGAAGGAGAAGAAAACCUGCUGCCAAAUCAUGGCGGAGUGGAAGGAGUUCAUCUGGAACCCCCGGACGCAUCAGUUCAUGGGGCGCACCGGGAGUAGCUGGGCAAUGAUCCUGCUAUUCUACCUGCUGUUCUAUGGCUUCCUCACUGCCCUCUUCACGCUCACAAUGUGGGUGAUGCUGCAGACAGUGGAUCCAUUCAACCCCAAAUAUCAGGAUCGUCUCUCCGUCCCAGGUAUGAUGAUUCGCCCAAAGACGGAUGCUCUGGAUAUCACUUACAAUGUGACCAACACUGAAACUUGGGAGAGUUACGUGAAGUUGCUAAAUAACUUUUUGGAUGCUUACAACAAUUCCAAGCAAGCAGCCAGCAAUCAACAUUGCCUUCCAGGGAAGUACCAUGAAGAGCCGGACAGCCCCGGGGUGGUGAACCAACCCAAGACGGCAUGCCAGUUCAACCGCACCAUGUUGGGGGAUUGCUCAGGCCUCAAUGACACCACCUAUGGCUACCGGGAGGGGCACCCUUGCAUCCUUGUCAAAAUGAACCGGGUCAUGAACUUUUACGCAGGAGACCACCGGCCCAUGAAUGUCUCUUGCACGGCAAAGAAGGAGGAGGAUACCCAGAAACUGGGAGAGAUGGCAAUGUUCCCAGCGAAUGGAAACAUCGACCUAAUGUAUUUUCCUUACUAUGGCAAAAAAAUUCAUGUAAACUACACGCAGCCUGUUGUGGCUGUCAAGUUCCUUAACCUCACUUUCAACUACGACCACAAUGUGGAGUGCAGGAUCAACGCCGCCAACAUUGCCACGACCGACGAGCGGGACAAAUUUGCCGGCCGGGUGGCUUUCAAGAUCCGGGUCAACAAAGACUGAGAUCUUCUUGAUCCAUCUUCCCUCUCUCCACCCCCUCACGCCCAACACCCUCAAAAGCUAAUCUUUUCUUACAGGCUCUGUUUGCUGUGGGGACAGGUUUUGGAAUGGGUGGCCUAUUGAUGUUGAAGGAAGCAGUGGGGGGGGAGAUUGAGGUGUGUGGUUGAGGUGCUCUCUUGGUCACUGCUGCUCACCCUAGGGUCACUAACCUUUGCUGUUAGACAAUCCCAGCUCCUUUGGCCCUAAAACCGAAGGCUUUGCAUCCACUCACCCCCUCAUCUUCCCCCUCUCAAUAUUUGGGAUGCCACUUCGGCUCGUUCUAACCACACUUCUCGCUUUCUCCCUUCUCCCCCCACAUAGGGUCUGUGGGGAGCUCAGAGGCUGUGACCCCCCCUCCCUUGAACCUUCCCUGGAAGAUAUUUCCUAAUAUAAUAAUAAAUGUAUAUAGAUAUUUUUUAUAUAUAUUAAAAAUUAAGGUACUGCUGAGUCCUCUGUAUUUUCCUGUGUGCUAUCCACAAAAACCUUUCCAGCACUGUUUUCCUCCCCCUUCAUCUUUUCUACCAGUUUAGCUCCUGCCUCAAAACCUGUUAAAGAGGUUCUGCUAUGAAAGUUUGGCACUCUUUCAUAUGGGAAGCGGUGGGCCAACUCGUGUUCUUGGGGUCCAAAAGCAAUGCUGUGGUUUGGGGCCUACUGACCCAUGUUAACUGUUGGAAACCGCUUUGCCUUUGUCACUCAAAAAAGCUUCUGGCUGCCAUAAUGUGCAAAAGUAUAUCAGUGGGGGUAAACAUGUUUUUGGCUGCACUCCUACACACACUUAACUAAAGAGUAAGCCCAGUGACCCCAACAGGGAUUAUUUCUGUGAAAAUAUGUGCAGAGUUGUGCUGUUUAUGUAGCAAAAAGCUACUUGUUUAACUGGCCAAGAAGCAAAAUGGCUUUACUCUUAGCUAUAUGAUAAACAAAAUGGCCAUCAUUAUCAGUGUGGAAUGGCAGCCAUUUUGUAAGUGGCUACUCCUGUCAGUAAGUCCUGUGGCAAUCUGAUCUUUUAUGGUGAGCCAAAAGGCUUCUCCAUCCUGGUUGUAGAAAUUAUGCAUUGGCCAUGAGAGUCCAAAAUGGCUGCAAGAGUUGAAGGGUUCUUUUCCUCUUGACUUCUGUGUGGCAAUAGCGUGUCAUAUAUUUCUUGAUUGUAAUCAGCUUUUUAAAAUGGCAGACAAAAGGCUUCUUUGUGAAUGGUGGCCAUUUUUAUUUCCUAGCAGAAGAAAUUGCCAUGGCAGCUGCGAAAUAGGCUAACCCUUACCAUCCUUUCCCCUCUUUUUUUUUCUAAAUACGGUCUACUCUGACUCUGUUCAUUCUUUAGUGUACAGUUUUAAUCCAUUAUAAUAGUGGCACAUUGCACUGAGAUGAUAUUUUAAAAAAGACAUACCACUGGUUCUGCCAUAAGUUGAAAGGAGAAAUAUUGACUGAAUCCAGUAAUCCCUCUUUAGUCACCUUAAUUAACUGAUGGAGAUUUUUUUGCCUGCUUGAUCUCUCCCUGUUAAUAUUUGUCAAACAGCAGCAGUGUGUUUUAAAGAAAGCAAACUCAUUUUGGCGAUGGGGGCUUAAACUCUCCUUGUUUUUAUUUUUUAUUAAAUUUCACCCCUUUACCUCUAAGGCUGCAUCUUUGAGAAGUCAUUAUGUGUAUGAAUGGAAGGGCAUAACUUAAAUUCCUUGGCUUUUUAACGUUUUGUUGUGUUUUGUUUAUUUGCAGAAAUAUUUAAUUGCCUGUAUCAGAUUUACUGUAAAGAUGAGAAAUAAAACUUUAAAAACUUG